AUGAAAACUACCACAUCUUCCCAAACCAUAGAUGUAUUACGUACCGUUUUUGCAUGUAAUGGCUUACCAUCACAAAUUGUAAGUGACAAUGGACCUCAAUUCACUUCAGAAGAGUUUGUGAAUUUUACCAGAGGAAACGAUAUAAAACACAUAACCUCAGAACCCUAUUACCCCAGUACUAACGGUUUAGGAGAAAGAUUUGUGCAGUCAUUCAAGAUGAGUCUCAAGUCGAGUAAAAAGGAAAGUGGUAACAUGGUGAAGAAACUCAGCAAUUUUUUUAUGGCUUACCGUAACGCUUCACAGUGCACAACAAAUGAAAGUCCAGCAAAACUAUUCAUGGGCAGAAACUUACCAUCUCAUUUAGAUCUCAUGAAACCAGAUGUCAGGAGGAAAGUAGAGGAGAAACAGUGUGAAGUGAGCGAAACAAGAAAAAGUGUGUUACGUAAAUUCGAACCAGGAGAUUCUGUUGCUGUUCCUGACUAUCGAAAGGAUCAUUCUCAGUGGACUUCCGGAACUGUGACAGCUCAGAUUGGACCUAUAUCAUAUUCUGUAGAAGUAACACCUGGAGUCACAUGGAGACGACACGCUGAUCAGUUGCGUUCUUCGAGUGUGCCAAUUCAGGAGGACUUACAUAUUCAACCUAGUAACACAGCUGUGACUGAGUCAACAACCAGUGAAGUCAAACAUUGCGAAACAGAACUCAACUGUGUCCAAUGCAGAACCCUGUCCUUCGCAUCCAUCCAAUGA